AUGGCCAACAGCAACCGCAUCGAGUGGUUCUUUAGCAGAGCCGGCCUCCAUCCUCCUCCCCGUCUCACCCGCCUAACAGAGCCAGCUGCUCAAGACUUCCUACCCUUCGAGGCCACAAACCGAGACUUAGCACGCCAACUGCUCGUGCAGCAAAGAACAGCUGAUCCCAGCUUCACACCACCCGAGCGACAAAAACGACACAUCUUCCGCUCCAAGGACCAAAAGGCUGAGGUGUGCAACACAACGCAAUGGAGCUUCACAAAGCAUGAAGUGGCCCAGGCUUUUGACACAAUGAUUUCUCGGCAAACCCUUCCUCCUGCGGGUGUUGCGCAGGCUUUGCUACUCCAUACGACCCUGACAUCGUUGGAUGAACUAUGGGGGCAUUUUAAUGAUCCACAGCUGGAGAAAAAGAUGAAAAGACAGCGGAUGAGUUUGAAUCCGACUGAGUUUGACUCUCAAGGGAUGACGUGGUUGGACAAAGCGACCGCUUAUGAGAACUUCAACUAUAUCCUCCUUCUUUGUCAGACGCAAGUCAGUCAAUACGUUUUGGAUAGGGCAUUUGGGAUCGCACUGUCCAAGUCAUCGCUUCAGACGAUGAAGAUUCUACUUAGUUUCGGGGCCAAGGCGACCACUCAUCAAGAAUCCAUCAACCAACAAAUCCAGGCGAGAAAUUUGGAUUUAGCGAGCCUAUUGCUAUCAGCACCCAGUUCCAUAACAACAGAGAUUUGGAAAACCUGUCUUGAACAAGAGUUGGUCCGAGCAGAAGCAGGAGAAAUCUUUUCGCUGUCAUUCCUCUUACUACUCUUAUCCAACCAUCCAGAGCUGGCUUCAGACUUAACCCUUCUGAGUACACUACGGCUGCAGAACUUCCAAGCAACAGCUAUAGUACUAGCUUAUGCCUACUCCAGCGAAAUCUUCUUCAGUGUCCGCCAUCAAGCCAGUGAGCUCGUCUCCUGUUACGAAGACGCCAGCCGCAGAAUGGCCUUCUUCACACUACUAUCUGAGUCUGGACUUGUCAGCGAUAACCUGAUUCUUCGCGAGGAGCUUGUCAAAGACGUACUCGCUCGACACCUCUUACUCGUUAAACUUCUCGUCCAAGCCGGUGUUGUCAUUGACGCCCCACCACAUAACGCUCUGCACUGGGCAGUUGGACAACUAGACUUUGAGAUGAUGGAGAUUCUCAAGCACGGAACCUUCUCAUCCCCACCAGCACAGAUACUAAACUACCUACCCGAAAAUAUCCCAGAGCAUGAUAUGAUCCAGUUUCUGAAAGUGUUCGGUCACAUGAGCAUGGCGGGACGUGUGCUUGACUUUCAUCUUGUACGCGCUGUACAGAAGAAGCAGAUCGAUCUGGCUGCAACUCUUCUACAUUGCGGAGCGUCGGUAGAAACUGGAAACGGCGCUGUGAUACAUGCAGCCUUAGAAUCCAACGACUUGGAUAUGCUUGACUUGCUAUUGAAAGUUGAAUGUCCACCCGCUAUUCUCUCAAGUGCCAUCCCGCGCGCCAUGACGAUACUUCCCAAAUCCACAAGGCUAUCUGUAAUGAGAGCUCUUGUCACGAAAGGGGUCGAGAGCUCAGCUCUGGGGACGGUUCUACAGAAGUUGAUGUGUGAAGAUAACAUCAUCGAUUAUGAGUUGGUCAAACUUCUCCUCAAUCACGGCGCGCCGCUAGGACACACCACAGAUGUGAUAGACUCCCCCAUUGUCCAAGCUACCACCAGAGGAGACGUCCUAGUCCUCAAGCUCCUCUUGGACGCCAGCCCCGACCACGAGUCUCUGGCCGCUGCUCUUUCCAUCGCAUACAACAGUAUCGAGACUUUGGGAAAUGAGGUCGGGCUUGAGAUCAUGACUCUUCUCCUCGAGAAAGGGGCAUCUGGCCCUGAAGUACACGAGACCUUACUGAAGGCGACAGCAGAUGGUCGAGUGGGAUUUGUGCAUCUACUUAUUGACCACGGCGCUGAUGUCAACUACUCUUCUGGCGAAGCCUUUGCGCAAGCCGCUAAGAUGGAAAACCUAGCGCUUUUGGAACUCUUGUGUUCAUCUUUUCCUCCCAGCCAGGAGAGCGUUGAUACAGUUUUACCAAAGAUUCUCAACCCCGAGUUGUACAAUCCGACCACGCUCGAGCUCUUUCUCAGUGCUGCAUCACGAGGUUCUCCAAGAUCGUCCCUCAGGUCCGCGUAUCCUCUUAUCGAACGACAUCCACAACUCGCAGAGAUCUUACCUUGUCUUGUAAGACAUGGUUUGGAUAUCAAUGAGGAAGAUGGUGCGGUAGUUCGCUUGGCUGUAGAGGGACAGGACCUACACCUUCUGAACGCAGUCGUCGCAUUGGAUCCCACUGUUGAGACACUGCGCAAUGCUUUCGAUGUGGCUUCCCAGAUCGAUACCCCAGAAAUUAAACUAAAGAUCAUGAGAAAGCUACUCGACAAGAAAUCUCCAGCCGAGAUUGGGCAGUCAAAGAUUCUCUUGCAAGAAACUCAGAUAGCUUUGAACGGAAGUAUGGACGGUCUAUGGCUCUUACUCGGCCACAAAGCUGAUGUCAACUUCAACACCGGCGAGGCUAUCCAAGCAGCAGCCUCAAACGCAGCAGGAUACCCGAUCAUUCUCAACAUGCUACUAUCAGCCGGGGCAUCAAGCACUACUGUUGAAGCUGCAUUCAAAGCUGCAAGUUGUGCAGACACGUCGCCUCACGUCAAACUGGGUGUAUUCGGUAGUUUGUUUGCGUUCAACAAGGAGAUCUCAGUCGAGGUUGUUUCUAGAGCUUUGGCCAAGGUUAUGGAGAUGCAUCCUGAAGAUGAUCACUUGCCCGGAAUAUUGCUUGAGCAUGGUGCACGGGUUGAUCUUCCAAUAUUAAAGGCCGCAGCGGAUGCUUCGCCUGGGGGAACCUUCCAGAGACUGAUCUGUCGCCUCGAUGAUUUGGCUACUCGUAGCAGCAUCUUUCAGUAUGUGCGGGACCAUGUUAUAAUGGAUCCGGCACAGAAACAAGAAGCCUAUACCACUCUAUUGAAGCAAGGCGUUGAUCAAUCUCGAGUAUCGGAUGCUUUAAUAGAUACAAUCAAGAACGACCCUGAUAACCUAGAGCUCCCUAAACUACUACUCGACCACGGUGCUCAACUCAAUCACGGAGGUAGCGCAGCCUUCAUUGCAGCCUUUGGUUUCAGACACCUCACAAUGGUCGAACUUCUAUGCUCCUAUCUAAAGAAGGGAGAGCAUGAUGGGGCAGCCGAACUUGUUUUCGAGCACCCAUACCUUCGAGAGAAUCCAUGUGUGGAUCCGAUCAUUCGAGCAAGCAUAUAUCGCAGUGUUAUCCCUUGCAACAUCGACAAGAAAGAUCUUUAUAGGUUUCUUGUCUACACACUGAAUUCCCGAAGCGCUAUCCUCAGUAUCGUGCGACUCCUUCUUGAGAAUGGCGCCAACCCCAACGAUGAAGAAGGUCACUGCUUCUACCUUGCGGCACGAAAUAAGCUAGAUUCCCAUUUCCGAGCCAUGUGUGAAUACGCAGAUCUAUCCGUUGUCCUUCCUACACUUCUGCGGCGUUUUGACAAAGAGACUCAUGUAACCCGCUGGUUCCGCAUCUACUUCGAUGUGCGGAAGCUUGAGGGCGAGAACGAGGUACUUGAGAAGCUUCUGUUUCAAUGCAUAAGGAAGUUCAAGGAUGGCGACAUGCUUCUUGGUUUGUUGCUGGACAUGGGCUUGUCGAGUGCGGCUAAGAUUAAUUACCAAAUUCGAAAUGAAUGGGAUCAAGAGGAGAUCACAAUACUAAUAUGGGCUAUCAUAUCUCCGCUCAAGGUCAGCAACAUGGUAAUUUUAAGACUCCUGGAAGAGGGGCAGGCAGCCCUUCCUGACUACGUCACGCCGCUCUCCAAGAUACCGACAGUCUUCUUUGCCCUCUUUAACAAGAGCAGAGAACCAGUUUUAAAGGCUCUGCUCAAACUUGAGGGUGCCGAUAACAUCCAUAGCACCAUAUCCGGAUCAACAUUCAGCUCAUUGGCUGCCCCUAAGAAGAAGCCAAAGAUGGAGUUCUCGAGUCUUUUUGAAGACGACGAUGAGAUAUCACCCCGCGAAGCUUCUUUAUUUCUAGGAAAUCUCGAAGCCUUCAAACUCCUCAAUACGUCCAAUACCCCUGACGAUGGAACAUUACACCUAGCCUCACUCCUAGCGCUCCCCGACUUCGUCGCCUGGCUACUUGAGAUUCACGAAGCUAACUACGAAGAAGAAAACUUCGGCUUCAUGGUUCCCCUCGCACUAACAUGUUUCUCCAAGCCCUUCCCCUGGUGCAAGGUAGCAAACGAGGAGAAAGAGUGGAUCAUCCGCUUAGAAGAGACAAUGAGGAUACUUAUCCCCAAGACAUUAUCGGGGUGGAGGUACAGACAGAAACUUCCGUUGCAUCUUGCGCUUGAGAAUGGAAGUGAGGUCACGGCGGCUAUGCUAAGAGCUUUAGAUGUUAAGGGGGAUUCGAAAGGGAAGUAUGUGUAUACGGAUAAGACCGGGAUGGAUUACUCGCCGUGUGAGUAUGUUGAGACGUUUGUGGAGGUCAAGGAUAAGGAGAAGAGGAAGAUUGCGAAAUGUCUCGAGGAGCAUGGACUUCAAUAA